CACCGGUCGUUUCUGUGUUCCCUAUCUUAUUUCCAACGAAUAACAAGCUCGCCUACUUGUGCAACCCAGGAUCCCUUUUGUGGCCUGAUUUAUUUGAAAUAGUCAAUGCUUUUGUGGAGUAUAGUCGCUGCACAUGUGAAGCAGCUGCGUGCGCCCGAAUCUGAAAUCAAAAGAUUAGUAUUCUUGCAGAACCGUAUGUUCGACUUCUCAAGAGAGUAUUUCUAGACUGAUCACUUCCACCUAUAGUUCUCCAUGAUGAAUCCAGCGCGAAGGAAAACCGAUCAACCGCUGGUGCUCCCACAAUUACCCAACGAAGUUUUCCUCGAGAUCGCGUAUCUUCUCUGCACGUCGGAUCUCAGGCAGCUAGGUCGGGUGAAUCGCCGGCUUCAAGACUUUGUUGCGGAUUACUUGUCUCGAUAUCGAUACAACGUCGGGAUUCAUGCCCUGCCAAAUGAGCUUGUGCUCGAGAUUGCGCAGCACCUAGGACAUCAGAAGGACUGUAGUCAUCUCGCGCGAGCGAGUCAAAGGUUCUAUCCAGUUGUCAUGCGUUACAUAGUUCGCCACGAUGUGGUGAGUAGUGGAAGCAGUCUAUUGAAUUUUGCCGCCAAAAGGAACCUCGUGGGCAUGGCACGAAGGAUAAUACGUCUAGGCGGCGACGUAAACACCCGAAUUGAGUUUUCAACAAGAUUAGUGGGCAAGCAGCUAACCCCGCUCGCAACGGCGGCUCGUCAUGGACACCAGAGGAUAGUCAAGAUGCUUCUAGAGUUUGGGGCAAGUCAUUUUGUCGACGGAAAGAGACUCCCUCUUGCAUUGGCGAUAUUGUCAAGACACGAGAAUGUGGCCAUGAUACUAUCUCAAGAACUCGAUUCCAGUGAAGCAUCAUUUACAUCCUCGACAAGGCAAACGCUACUACAGAUGGCUUGUGCGGCGCAACUCGUGAGCUUGGUCCGAUACUACCUUGAGCACAUCCCGUGCAGUUCGCAUGACUGCGACGUAGCUCUGCUUCGGAUCAUCCAGAAGGACGCGCGCAAAAUUGGAAUCAUAAAGAGGCAGCUCUAUGAGGAUGUCUUCCAGAUCGUGUUGAUGCUCUUGAGACACGGUGCGAAUCCUGAU